CAGAGUACACCACACACACCUGUCAGCCAGGUAAACACGACACGACAGACACACAAACACACUUUUCUCCGUGCUUCUCCUGGUCCUUUUCUUUGGAGUUCUUCUGUCAUCAGCCACGCAGUCUUGCUGGACUAUGCCCUGCUCUGUGGACUGAGGGGCUUGUGCUGCAGGGAGACGUUUUUCCACAAGCAGGUGUGAUCGAACAGCACACUGGUGAAAAUGCAAUCUACCACAGCUUCUCCUGUGACCAACAUCACCACAGCUGUGACCAAAUCAAGAGAACAAAUCCUCAUCCAGAGUUCAGGUGCCAUGAUUGCAGUCAUCGUCAUCGGCAUCAUCAUCAUCCUCAGCAUACUACUCAUCAUCCUGAAGACAUAUAACAAGAAGAUGCACACGAGGAGGAUGCUCAGUGGGACUUCCAGCAAACCACGGAAAAACACGACCUCAACAACAACAAUGGCAUUGCCGAUGCAGAACAUGCAAGGCAGCACCAGCUUGGGAGGUUCUGUACAUAUGCCCAAUACCUUGGAGAAUGGAUUCCGUUUACCACAAAUAGAGGUGUCCAACGUGGCUGAGCAAGUCAGCAUGACCAGUGACUCCACUGUGGUCACGAUACACCAUGCGCCAUCAAUCGAAAAUACGUAAAAAAUAAAAAUGUGACUUGAAUGGAAUCCAUUGUGCUGGGUGACGAGAAGACACACCCCCAGAAUGAACAAACUGAUCAGAGGAUGAUGACCAGGACAUGGAAAAAGAAAAGAAAGACUCAAACACUGAACCAUUGGUAUACUGAGAAACUUGAGCACCUCUGAAGCCCAAACGUAGCCAGUGGACCACUGGGGACAUUUUAGGACCAAAAGAAGUUAGUGGUUAAAUGGACCACAGGGAACUUUGACAGCCAAGCAUGGGCAAACUGUCCACGGAGGACUUUUAGGGUUCAUUAUAGCUCUGAGUAAACCAUUCCAGUGUUCUGUUAACACGUUGAAGGACGAGUGGCCAUUUCACCUAAUAAUUCCACAUUGUGGUCUCUGCAAAUUGAAACUAUCCACUUAUAUAACAGGGACCUCACAAAAUGCCAUGACUGAGUAAAUAAUAGUAUAUCUCAAUCAAUUUCGUUUGAGUCCAAGUGGAAAGACAGUAGUGAAUACAGAAUGAAGGCUGUAAUGUGUAACUACUGCCAACACUACUAACAAUAAAUUAUGUUUCCGUUUAUUUAAAAUAAAGAACAGAAAACCCUUUAAUUGUAA